UUGUUAAUUGUUUUGAUUGUUCUGGACUCUGUUUCAACAGUUAAAUUAAAUUGUAGUAAUCAAAAAGCACACCUAAUUAAUUUAAAUAAACUUAUAACUUUGUGUGUUAACUUAUAAAAUGUAACAACAAUUAUUUUUUAGUUGUACAAUAAUAAGGCCUAUAAAAUGCUAUUUAUUUAUUUAUUUAUUUUUCAUUUUCCAAAUCUUACAGACCUAAAAUUAUUUCACGGACAUUUGAGAACCCCUGCCUUAAACUACUAAACUGGAGAAAAAUUUGCAGCAGUCUUCCUUUGUUCUGCUGAAACGGUUCUGCUAAAAUACGUAAAAAGAAAAACUACAAUGACUUGGUCCCUCGGCAUGCUGGGUAAUCUCCCACAGCUCUCUGUACACACCAAAAUCACAAACCAAAACAGAUGAGAAAUCACACAGUGGGUCGGUGUGGGCGCAGCGUUCACGUCUCUGUGGUCUCGUGAACUUCUACAGCCUUUGUUUAACCCACCAUCUCUCACAGAGGCUAAAUAUUCAGUGUUUUUGUUAGCCUAUUUGACCAUUCAUAUUCAUAAGCACAGAGAGGAGUUUAGAGCCACUGAUGCUCGUGUGAAGGUCUGGAGCAUUCAGAUGAUCUCCCAGAAGAACACUGUAUCGAUCAGAGUGAUGAUGAAUGAGCAGAUUUACCAGCCGUCCUGAUUUGAUGUUUGAAGCGAGUCUGGUAAAGACACAUAAGAAAACUCUGGUACUUCCUGUAGCAGCUUCAGAACCGAAUCACAACUCCCACAACCAGACGCAUCUGCAUCGCCGGACGCCCGAGGACUGUAACCUGACCGCAUCUGUGGCUUCAUUGCUGCUGAUGAAAUGCCUCGAUCGUUUCUAGUGAAAAGUAAGAGGGCGGGGCAUCACUCUACACGCUUCGCCCACUCUCAGCAUCGGCAUCAUGACGGAUGGACGUCCAGCAGUCACUCAUCAGCUCUGGAUCUGCUGCCCUGCACAUCCACCGACAGAAGCCAGACCCAAAACAGCAGUGAUGGAGCUGGAGCUGGAGCCUGCCCUUCAUCCACUGCAGCAGGGAAGCAGUCUGGAGUCUGUCCCUCGUCUGACCUGUCGUCCUCUGCUGCUGUGGAGAGACAGCGUGAUCUGGAGCGUCUGAUUCAGGCUUUACUCAGUUUCUAUCAGCUGACCAACGUCCAGACGCCGCUGUGUGAGUGUCUGCUCUGUGACAAGUUCCUGUCCUCUGCUGUGGGUUUGGCAUCGCACUUGUGCAAGUCACAUGACAACAGGGCUGAUCUCCCAUUGGCCGGCUCCACAGGCAAUACCCAACGGCAUUAUGGGUACAGACCUACAGGAAUACUUAGGGUGAGAGAGCGGAGUUUCGGCUGUAAGGUUUGUGGGAAGGUGUUUAAGAGGUCGUCGACUCUCUCCACACACCUGCUCAUCCACUCGGACACGCGGCCGUUCCCGUGCCCCUACUGCGGAAAGAGAUUCCACCAGAAAUCUGACAUGAAGAAACAUACAUUUAUACACACAGGUGAGAAGCCUCAUGUGUGUGUGGUGUGCGGUAAAGCCUUCAGCCAGAGCUCCAAUCUGAUCACACACAGCAGGAAACACAGCAGCUACCAGCCCUUCAGAUGCUCGCGCUGCCCGCUCGGCUUCCAGCGGAGACUGGACCUACAGCGCCACCUACAGACGCACUCGGAGAACGACAGCGACAGACUGUACCACGGGACCUGAGAGAGACCAGCUGCACACAAACACCCAUAAUGUUUGUCGAUUUAAGAUGAUUGCACCAGAAACAUUUUUCUUCUGUCCUUCUAACUUGAUUGUACAUGUCACUGCGUUGUGAAAAAUAUCAGAACAUCCUAUACUGUACAUUUAUGGCUUAAAGACCUGUUAUUAUUGGAUGUUCAUGGUUGUCAUAAUCAGGAUUCACGAUUAUUUUUUUAAGUCAGAACAUAAUUUCAGAUGAGCAGGAAUCAUCUCGAUGCCCAUAUGACCUUUAAUAAUAGAAACAGCAAUGCAGCAGAAGUGUUCAGUCUCAGCUUUGUGAAAAGUACCUGAACAGGUAUUUCUGUAUUUUCAAGAUCUUAGCAGGGGCCAGUUGUUCCAAACCUUUUUGGCCAACGGAUUGGAUCAAAUCUUGAAAAUGGGUCAUUCAAAUUUAAGAUUCUGAAUUCGGAUUAGAUUACAAAAUCCAAUCUUGGUUUUGAUCUGGAUUAAAUCCUCAGUUUGUGUUGUUCAAAACGUCUGAGUAAGAUUGGGAAAAUUGUGAUCCAAAAAAAGGGGUGGAAUUUAAGGAACAAAAAUGUAAUAAAUUUUAAAUCUGGUCAAAAAUAGAUGAGAUGGACCAGUCAGAACUAGUUAUGUGUGUAAAUGCAAUGCAAAACUAUAGUGCAAAACAUUGGCUUUUUCCCAUCAGCAUGUCCCUUUAGGGGCUCCAUAGAGCACAAGUAAUCCAGAUUUGGAAAUCUGAAAGAGUGUGAUCUGAUAAGAGUGUAUCAGCAUCAGGGACAGGGUGAUCCAAUCCAAUUUUGCUUUGAAAAACUGGCACAAAAAUAAAACAGGUUACCUGUUCCUGGAGAGCAAAACAUGGGAUUUCCAAAUCCAGAUCAUUCUGAUCCAGAUUAAACUUGUUGAACAACUGGCCCCAGAAGAUUAUAUCUUGUUUUAAAUACAAAUGAUGGAUAAAAGAUCUUUCCCAACCCUCA